UAAUUUCUCUCGAUUUUUCGUUCUCUUUUUAUCGGCAAGAUCGAAACGGGUCCCGCAAGACACCUGCCGUGGUUGCCGCUCUCGUCGAACGUCUCGUACCUGAUUUGCCAUGGAACGGUAUGCCAAGCUUGAGAAAGUUGGUGAAGGUACCUAUGGCGUGGUUUACAAGGCCAAAGACCUCACGACCAACCAAGUGGUCGCGCUGAAGAAGAUUCGCCUUGAGGCCGAAGAUGAAGGCGUGCCCAGCACCGCUAUCCGGGAAAUCAGCCUUCUAAAGGAGUUGAAGGACGAUAACGUCGUACGCCUGCUCGACAUCGUGCACGCCGACCAGAAGCUGUACCUUGUCUUUGAGUUUCUUGAUGUCGACCUCAAGCGUUACAUGGACAUGGGUAACAAGGCAGGCAACCCUCUCUCACUGGAUCUUGUCAAGAAAUUCACACAUCAGCUUUCAUCAGGUCUCCUCUACUGCCAUUCACACCGUAUUCUCCACCGUGACCUCAAGCCGCAGAACUUGCUGAUUGACAAAUAUGAUAAUCUCAAGCUCGCCGAUUUCGGUCUGGCGCGCGCGUUCGGUAUCCCAAUGCGGACGUACACCCAUGAGGUUGUGACACUCUGGUACCGCGCACCCGAAGUUCUUCUUGGCUCUCGUCACUACUCGACGGCGAUUGAUAUGUGGUCUGUUGGCUGCAUCUUUGCCGAGAUGGUCAUGCGCGGGCACCCGCUCUUCCCUGGCGACUCAGAAAUCGACCAGAUCUUCAAGAUUUUCCGCACUCUCGGUACCCCAGGCGAAGAGUCCUGGCCGGGCAUCAGCCAGCUGCCGGACUACAAGCCCACGUUCCCGCACUGGAACGGAGAAGACCUCACGGAGACGGUCCCCGGGCUCGACGAGGACGGCAUCGAUCUGCUCCGGCAACUCCUCAUCUACGACACCGCGAAGCGCAUCUCUGCGAAACGCACCCUCAUCCACCCGUACUUCAGUGACUACAGCCCCUGAGCGUCGCAUCGUACCCCGUCCUUACCCUGUCCCCUACAUAUCCCUACAUAUUAGCUCCGCUCCUUGUUCUGCGCCCUCCUCGUGUAUAAUCUUCGCCUAGCCGCCCGCACAUACGCAUAUAUCGAUUUCGCAUUCACCACACAUGUAUUUCUUCCUUCGGUUACGUCUGAAAUGUGAUGUCUUCGCGUGCACUCAC